CCGCAGCUGCGCGUCUGUUAAUACCAACGCGACCCUCACGUCCCCGCGCAAUUCUCCACACUGGGUUGGCUGCUUCAAGGCAUGAGGAUGCGAGCAGGGAUUUAGUGUGUGUCUUUUCCCGUCUGGAUCAGUUUAUUACCUUUCUCCAGCACACAGAAACGGAUUUAGCCACACGAAACAAGGUUCGUGGCCCCCAUUCUCACCGCGGAAUAUGAUGCAGAGGCCCUCCUCUCCGAAGGGAAGUUGAAUGGGAAUACUGGCAUACGUGUCAGCUCGUGAUCAAUGAACUCAGUCCAUUCAAGCACAAAAGGAACUAACCUGAACUACUGAAGAAAAAGAGGGGAUAUAACGACACAGACACCUUUUUGCGGAUAUGGCGGCGACAGAUGCCUGUGCAGCACCUGUACAGGAAGAAGGCACUACCACCACCGAGACCAAAACAGAGGUGGAGCCCACAAACUCAGAGACUGUCACAGAGGCUGUCACGUCUCCACCCGAAGAGGUACAACCUGCCGGAGAGACCACAGAGAGCACAGAGCAGCCGGCCGAUGGCAAAGCUAAACAGGCCUCUGAGAAUAUUUUCUCUUCCUUCCUGAAUAAGAGUGGACUGGGAAAAGUCAUGGGAGGGAAGAAGAAGAAGGAGCAGAGCACUGAGGCUGUGGAGGCUAAUGGAGAGGGCAACACAGAGCAGAAAAAGGCCUCUGACCAAACAGAAGAGCCGGCAGCCAAUGGUACAGAGGCAGCGGCAGAGGACCAGGCCAUUGAGAAAGCGCCGGAGAACCAGGUGAAGGUCCGAUCCAAAUCCUUGGACAGGUUAGAGGACCCUGAGGCCCUCAAUGCCACAGUGGACACAAUGGAAGAUGCCCCGGCAGCAGAAGAGUCAGAGAAGCCUGCCUCCAGUGCAGCGACCAAACACAUGAAACGCUGGCAUUCCUUUAAGAAGCUUAUGGCCCAGAAGAGUCACAAGAAGAGCACAGAAGAUUCUAAGGAGGGUGAGGGCAGCGAGGGUGCAUCUGGGGGAACACCUGGUGACACAAGUACACUGGACUCCAAGGCUUCAGAAUCCAGUGGCCAGAAACGGUGGAAACUGAAAAGGUCAUGGACAUUCCAGGGGCUGAAGAGAGACCCGUCAGUCGUAGGCAUCAGCAAAGCCGCUAAGAGCGAGAAGGCGGAAGGGGAGGAAAACGCCGCAGAGAACGAUGAAGCGGCUGCGCCUGAAACAGACGAAGCCAAGGCACAGGUAGACGGCGAAACACAGGAGAAGACCAACACAGACGGAGAGGAGGAAAAAGGAGCCACCGCCGCCCCACACAAAUCAAUGAACCAACAUGCAGAUGAGAUCUGGACCUCCUUCAAGAAACGCGUGAUGUCCAAGCGGGCAGCAGACACGGUGGCUGCCAGCGGGGAGGAGGAAGGUGCUGCAGCAUCUGAACUGGCCGAGCAGACGGAAGAGGCAGGCAAAGAGCAGGCCAAGUCGGCCAAGACCAAGCGAACGCACUUCAACCGCGCCGUUUCGCUGAAAAACUUCAUCAUGCGAAAGGGGAAAAGCACCAGCGUGGACCAGGGAGACGGCGCUCCGAAGGAGGGUAAGGAGGCGGCAGAUGGGGAGGCGAAGGACACAGAGGACGCGGCUGCCCCAGCUGGCACGUCUGACAGUCAGCAGGCGGCAGACGGGGAGGCGAAAGACACAGAGGACGCGGCUGCCCCAGCUGGCACGUGUGACAGUCAGCAGGGAGAAGCUGACGCUGCUCAGGGCGAGAGCAACGACAAAGGAGAGGCUCAGGUGGCCAAUGAGCACACAGUCGCCGAUGGAGAGGCAAAGGAGCCCGCAACGAGCACACCGUCUGGUCCUGAGCCAGAGAAGGCCAACUCAGCUGAGCCCGCAGCACCGGCAGAGCCUGCGGCAGAAGUGAAAACCAACGGUGAGAAUGGUUGCUCGAACGGCACGCCCGAAGAAGACGCCACACACAAUCAUGAAACGACCCUGAAAAAGGACGGACCAACAGACGAGGCCAAACAAGAAAACACCAACUCCACGAAGGACGCGAAGAUGCUGAACCUCGGCACAGGAAAUGCAGUUGCCCAAAUCGACAAAAAGGCGGGAAACGUGUGACGACACACAAAGAGGAUUAGAUCAGCAUGGGAUUCGUUCAGCAAGGAGCUUUGACCCCCCCCCCAAACGGAGUAAUCACAUGUUUUUCGCCACAAUUCUUCAUGGUGAGAGCAAUGCAAUCCAUAUAGAUGAAAAAAUACUCAAAAGCAAUAAUUCAGUCAUCAAUCAGCGCAGUUCUUGCUUACCAUUCCAUGAUCAAUGUAAAUGUUUUCCUUGUCCUCUACUAGUGAGAUUUUAUAUUGUCAAAAAAAGGAAAACGUUACAUCCUUGUCAAAUGUUAAUCUCUAUGAUCUCUCAUUCCAGGAUCAAAAAUACUUAGUUUUAUAUCAAUUGCCAUUUUGUUUGUAGUUUUGUCAAUAGAUAUUUCGAAGUGCACCCGAGAACACAUUUGAAAUGAUUGCCCUACAGACUGCCCCCCAAUGUGGAUUAAUGAAGUAAUGUGUUCUAAUCUCUUUCUGUGUUAAUGUUUUUAGACUGUUGUGUACAUGAAUGAACCACCAUAAAAUAUGAAGUCAAAAUGUUUUUUUUCUAAACACAUCUUCUCACUGUAACGCAGAUUGAUCUGCCGUUGAUAUGUUUUGUUGAUCAAUGAUGUCACGUGUUCGCUAGGAAAUUGUCAAACUAGAACAAUAAAGAUUCAAAUCGAACAAUUUAAAAAAACAUAAUUGUGGAGGCUAUUUAUACAUAAAAUGUUGAUGUACUGUAUGUAGGAAGGCAUUAUGGAAAUGCUAUUGGUCAUUAAUCUCUAUUUUGAUAAUCCUACAUCCUUUUACAUAAUGGCAGAUUUGUGCAGUAUGCAUUAGCUGGAGUACUUCAAUUUCACAAUGAAUUGCAUCAAGCGGUGAGCUCAUUCAGAGUAAAUUACAUCAUGUUUCAGAUAAACAUGUCUGCUAUAGUCAGUGUCAAUGCCUUGGCAGUUGAGGGACAUGUCUGUUACCAUUCUGGUAAAUACGCUUGAUACAGCACUAUACAUGAAAUCACCACAAUACUGUUGUCUGUUAAAACUAAAUCUCUGGGAUUAAGUUAUUAUAGAGAUGACAGACAGUAAGAGCAUAUUAUAACAGAUAUAUGUUAUGUAAAGUUAUAGGCUAGCUAAAAAAAAAAUGCCAAAAUGGGCAUGAAGUGAUAACCUGCAGUGACAGACAAAUACAGGGCGGCAUCACUGAAAUGGGAUGUUACCCACAAGCCACAGCCAUCCCUGGAAUGUGGACUUCAUUCAUCUAAAGGUGUUCAUGAUCAUCACAUAGUCAUUACAUUCCUGUUGUUCUCUGACAAAUCAAUCAAGUAGGACAAAUAAAGGUGAUAUUGUUUUCG